GCUCCAGGAGUGAAGGUAGUGCGAAGCAAGCACUGCAAGUACCAGGAUGUGAUGACACAGCGGUACGUCUGUACGAACGAAUCAAGUGUUCAAGACAUCUCGUGGGUGGAAAAUCCAGAUGCCAAGCAGAUUAUUCGUUCUCGACGAACCAUCUAAGGGUCUUUCAAGAAAGUUACAGCCCCAGGAGGAGAUGUCGGUCCUGAAGUGUAUCACGCUUCCGGGGAACUUCCGAGACACUCAGGAUCUGACCGGCGGCGGUUCCGAUGCGAGAACCUGGUGAAGGAGACCUGAACAGGAGUCGCCGCUCUUCAUGAACGACCUCAGGGCCCUGUGAGUAAGCUACAUACAUGCCAAGGACGAGAUGUCGUUGCAAGGAAUGCGAUGCUGCCGGGAAGAAUCCGAGACAUACAGGGGCUGGCGGGGACUGCUCCGGUGCGAAGACCGGGUUUGGGUACGCCCAGUCUGGGAUCGCAGCCGGUUUUCGUGAAACCUAGAACGUGGGAUGCCAACUCGACUAGGACCGAGUUAGAAUCUCGAAGCGAUGCCGUUCGCUGCUACCGAGAACCUUUCAACAAUGUUCGAAGAUGAACUUGAGGAAUCUUGGACGACAGCGUGGGAGCCACGCGAAGAGAAGGGUCGACUACGAGCGCACGAGCAUCGGGCAGGAUGAGUGAGAGCCGAGAGUGCAGCCGCACCAACAUGUCCGUGUUCAGCCUACGAGCUGCACGAACAUU